GCUAUCCCCUUGUCAGUCCAUGACAAGAAGUAACUCAAAAUUAUUGAACCAAGAUAGCAGAUCUGGCGCAAAACAAUUACUUUAUGAUUAAAUACUGCAUCUUAUUGGUCUCAGGAACGAUGGAGACACCGCAACCCAAAGUGACUCAGAAAAGGCAAGUGACCGCUAUUAUUAUUCUGUUACUAUUGUGGGAGGCGGGCGGUGAGAUCAUUAAGUAUUCAGUUCUAGAAGAGAGGGACAGCGGCUCAUUUGUGGCCAACCUAGCAAAAGAUCUGGGGUUGGGCUUAGGGGAGCUGGCUUCUCGGGGCGCCCAGAUUCUUUUCAAAGGGAAUAAACAGCAUUUGCAGAUCGAGCAGAAGAGUGGGAAUUUGAUACUAAAAGAAAAAGUGGACCGAGAAGAUUUGUGCGGUGACACGGAUCCAUGUAUACUGCAUUUCCAGGUGUUACUGAAAAACCCAGUGCAGUUUAUUCAAGGUGAAUUACAGAUUGAAGAUGUAAAUGACCAUGCCCCAGAAUUCUUGGAAAAUGAAAUCCUCCUGAAAAUAUCGGAAAGCAGCCAUCCAGGGUCUGCAUAUCCUUUGAAAAUAGCUCAAGAUUUAGACGUUGGCAGUAAUACAGUACAGAACUACACAAUUAGCUCCAACUUCCAUUUUCACCUUUUUACUCGAAAUCACAGCGAUGGCAGAAAAUACCCGGAGCUGGUGCUGGACCAAGAGUUGGACCGUGAGGAGCAGCCCGAGCUCAGGUUAACCCUCACAGCGAUGGAUGGUGGGUCACCGCCCAAGACCGGGACUUCGCAGGUCCUCAUCAUAGUCCUGGACAUAAAUGACAACGCCCCUGAAUUUGCUCAGCAGCUCUACCAGGUGCAGGUCCCAGAAAACAGCCCUACAGGCUCCCUUGUCAUCACUGUUUCUGCUAGAGAUUUGGAUGCUGGGAUCCAUGGUGAGCUCUCCUACUCAUUUUUCCAAUCCUCAAAUCACGUCAUUCAGGCCUUCGAAAUAAACACAGUCACAGGGGAUAUUCGAUUAAAAAAAAAGUUGGAUUUUGAGGAAAUUAGAUCUUACCAUAUGGAAAUUGAGGCCUCAGAUGGCGGCGGUCUUUCAGGAAAAUGCACUGUAGCCGUAGAAGUGAUGGAUGUAAACGACAAUGCCCCUGAAUUGACCAUAUCACUACUCAUCAAUGAUAUCCCAGAAAAUACCCCUGACGCUGUGGUCGCUGUUUUUGGAAUUUCAGAUUCAGACUCUGGUAACAAUGGCAAAAUGACGUGUUCCAUUCAAGACCAUCUCCCUUUCCUUCUGAAGCUCACGAUAGAAAAUUUUUACACCUUGGUAACAGAAGGCGCACUGGACAGAGAGGAAAGAGCCGAGUACAACAUCACCAUCACCGUCACUGACAUGGGAACCCCCAGACUGAAAACCGAGCACAACAUAACCGUGCUGGUGGCCGACGUCAACGACAACGCCCCCGCCUUCACCCAGACCUCCUACACCCUGUGGGUCCGCGAGAACAACAGCCCCGCCCUGCACAUCGGCACCGUCAGCGCCACAGACACAGACGCGGGCGCCAACGCCCAGGUCACCUACUCGCUGCUGCCGCCGCCCGACCCGCACCUGCCCCUCGCCUCCCUCGUGUCCAUCAACCCCGACAACGGCCACCUCUUCGCCCUCACGUCCCUGGACUACGAGGCCCUGCGGGCCUUCGAGUUCCGCGUGGGCGCCGCCGACCGCGGCUCGCCCGCGCUCAGCAGCCAGGCGCUGGUGCGCGUGCUCGUGGCGGACGCCAACGACAACGCGCCCUUCGUGCUCUACCCGCUGCAGAACGCCUCGGCGCCCUGCGCCGAGCUGGUGCCCAGGGCGGCCGAGCCCGGCUACCUGGUGACCAAGGUGGUGGCGGUGGACGGCGACGCGGGCCAGAACGCCUGGCUGUCGUACCAGCUGCUCAAGGCCACGGAGCCCGGGCUGUUCGGCGUGUGGGCGCACAACGGCGAGGUGCGCACGGCGCGGCUGCUGAGCGAGCGCGACGCGCCCAAGCAGCGGCUGGUGGUGCUGGUCAAGGACAACGGCGAGCCGCCGCUGUCGGCCAGCGUCACGCUGCACGUGCUGCUGGUGGACGGCUUCUCGCAGCCCUACCUGCCGCCCCCGGAAGCGGAAGCGGCGGCCGCGGCGCCGGCCGACCCGCUCACCGUCUACCUGGUGGUGGCCUUGGCGUCGGUGUCGUCGCUCUUCCUCUUCUCGGUGCUGGUGUUCGUGGCGGUGCGGCUGUGCAGGAGGGGCGGGGCGGGCUCGGCGGGUCGCUGCCCGGUGCCCGAGGGCCACUUCCCGGGCCACCUGGUGGACGUCAGCGGCACGGGGACCCUGUCCCAGAGCUACCAGUACGAGGUGUGUCUGACCGGAGGUACUGUAACGAAUGAGUUCAAAUUCUUGAAGCCGAUUCUCCCCACUGUUCAGGCACAAGAUCCUGGGAGAAAUAGUGAUGAAAAUCCCACAUUUCGAAAUAGCCUUGGAUUUAAUUUUCAGUAAAAUUCUUUCUAUAUGCUCAGGUAUUUUUGAAGUGUUAUGCAACUAUAUCAAUAUUAGUUUAGUUUUAUUACUCCAAGUUAAAUUAUUUUGCAACUUAAAGCUUUAUUUUAAAGUACUCUAUGAUUUUACAAUGUUAUUUCAUCCUUUUUUUCCCCCAUUAAACAGGUUAGGUGUAAUCAGUACCCCAUCUAAAUAAUAGUUUGUAUGUUUGGUUCCUUCAAAACGUACAAGAGUUUAGUACUAUUUUCAUUCUAGAAAACUGGUUGAUUCUUUCCCUAGUACAUUUCAUAGACUGCAUCUCAUUAUCCUAUACACCUACAGUACCUCCUUUACCUAAGAGGACAAACCUGCAUGUCUUGACCUUACUAAAACAUUUCUUUAAUCAUAAUAAACUGUAUCAUCUAGCUCUAAAUGAUAUUUUAAAAGAAAUAUUUCUCUAUUAUUCUGCUCAUGAUAAAAUGAAACAUCAUUGGUGGGAUUCCCUGGUGGUCCAGUGGUAAGGACCUAGAGCUUUUACUGUCUGCACCUGGGUUCUUCACUGGUCAGGAAAUUAAGAUCUGCCAAGCUGCCUGUGUAGCCAAAAACAUCCCAACCAACUUAAACAAACAAACCAAAACCAUGAAGCAUCAUUUUGUGAGCAACAUUAUAAUAUCCUUGUGUUCAUAUCAGAAGAUUUAGCUUAGGGACCAGGGACUCCCUGGUGGCUCAGAUGGUAAAAAGUCUGCCUACAAUGCGGGAGCCCCGGGUCGGGAAGAUCUCCUGGAGAAGGAAAUGGCAACCCACUCCAGUAUUCUUGCCUGGAAAAUCCAUGUACGGAGGAGCAUAGUAGGCUACAGUCCAUGGGGACGCAAAGAGUCGGACAUGACUGAGGAACUUCACUUACUCACUGUGUUCAUAUUAUUUCAUUUUCUUUAAAUACGCUACUCUUUGUUAAUAUUUUCUAAUGUUCACUUUUGCUGAUAUAUAAACAGACUGUGUCUUAUAAUUCAAACAAAAUAUAAUAACCUGCAUGAAAAUGAAUAUAAAUAAAAACAUUUUGAGAGUCUGUAUAAAGCUAUUAGUAGACUGUUACAAAGCUCUUCACUUUUCAUUUUAUUUUGUAAAUAUAUUUUAAUUAUCUCGAAUUUUUUAAUUAAGAUGAACUAAAAAUCAUAAGGAAUGACAACAGAUUCAUCUCCAGCCCUCUUCUCUGUUUUCUGUAGCAUUUAUCUACAUUUUCUGUUAUGUGUUUAUACUGCUUUGACAUUCAAUUUUAUACUUUAAUAACUUCUUCCUGUAAUAAAUGACUUAACUUUCUUACCUUGUUUUCUUUUCUUGUUGAAAUAUAGUUGAUUGCAAUAUUAUGUUAGUUUCAGGUGUACCACGUAGUGAUUUGAUAUUUGCAUACAUUAUGAAAUGAUUAUCACAAGUCUAGUAACCAACUAUACCCAUACAAGUUAUUAUAAUAUAUUCCUUAUGCUCUAUAUUACAUUUCCAUGUUUUUUGAAAUUUUAUAAUUGUAGGUCUGUGCCUUUUAAUCCCCAUCACCUAUUUCAUGCCUCCUUGCCUUCCAAUUAACAAACACACAAACAUUGCACAUUCCCUUUCUUCUGUUGUCACUGUCUUAGGUUUUCUUCUUCUCCUGCUUCUGCUUCCUCUUUACCCUCUCCUCCUCCUUUUGGUUAAACUAAUAGGUUUGGUUUAUUUGCUAAGAUUACUUCAAAGUACACAUUACCAUAGUAUGAUUACCUUCCCUUUCUUGAAAAUAUCUUUCCUAGAGUUGAUAAUUAUUUUUAUUUGCACAAUUUUCUAUUUAAUUCUAUUGAUUUUUCACAUUAUUUCUCCCUGAAUAUCAUUAUUUCCCCUUAAAUUUUAAAAAAUCUCAGAAGCCUAUCAGUUAUACUUGUUUUCUGGAGAUCUUUCACCCAAAUUCCCUCCUAUCUCUCGCCUUCAUUUAUACUAUUUGCUCUAUAGUUAGGACUUUAACAUUUUCCUGUGUUGGUCCCCUUUGAUAAGAAACAGUAUAUAGUGGAUCCUUGAGCAACAGGGUUUUGAACUUUGUGUCCACAUAUAUGAGGAUUUUUCUAAUACAUAUACGGUUGAGCCUCUGUAUGCACGGACUGCACAUCUGAUGAGUCAACCCAUUGCAGAAUGCAAACUUAAUAUACAAUCUUAGCUUGGCUGAAUCCUUGGAUGCACAAUCCCUGGAUGGGGAGGGCCAACUAUGGGAUUUGAGCAUCUGGGGAAUUUGAUAUCUGUGGGUCUUAGAACCAACCCCUCACAAACUCUAAGAGGUGACUUACUUAGCUGACACAGAUCUCUCAAUAUCUUCAUAAAAAUAGAUGCAGAGGACAUAAAAUUUUUGAGAACUUGCCUUGUGACAGUAUCUUUUUCAUUUGAUUGAUAGUUUGGAUAUAAAAUUCUAGGCUGAAAAUAAUUUUCCCUCAGAUCUUGAAAGCAGUAUUCCUUUUAGUGAUUGCAUACAGAGGUGCUAUUCAGAAGACUUUCCAUUCUGAUUCCUACCUCUUAACUUCACCACAUUUUUGCACAGUGGAAACACUAGAAACUGUUUUCUCCUAUUCUGAAGAUAGAUACAUCAGUGUCGGCUAUUUAUCUAGUCACAUGGGUGUACUCUGUUAACAUUUAAACUCUCACUUUUAGCUCUGAGAAAUUUCCUUGUUCUAUUUUCAUCAUAAUUUCUCCUUUGAAUUUUGUAUCGUCUCAUCAUAAUCUCAUUAGUUAAAUACUGGAUAUCCUGAAUUGAUUGAUUGUCUCCCUCUAAUUUUUUUCCACUUCUUAUUUUCUUUUUGCCUCUUAUUCUACUUUUUGGACAAAAUAUUUUAUCAUCCAAGCUUUGUACUUUUAAUUUUUGACUGACAAAUAUUUAUUUUUUAAGAGCUCUUUUUAGUUCUCUUGAAAGUUUUUCAUAGCAUCCGUUUUAGAUUUAUAAAUGUGGUAUCUUUUGUCAUUUAGAUGACCAGUAGGAACAUGAAAAGAUGCUCAACAUCACUCAUUAUUCAGUUCAGAUAAGUCGCUCAGUUGUGUCCGACUCUUUGCGACCCCAUGAAUCGCAGCACGCCAGGCCUCCCUGCCCAUUACCAACUCCCAGAGUUUAAUCAAACUCAUGUCCAUCGAGUCCGUGAUGCCAUCCAGCCAUCUCAUCCUCUGUUGUCCCCUUCUCCUCCUGUCCCCAAUCCCUCCCAGCAUCAGGGUCUUUUCCAAUGAGUCAACUCUUUGCAUCAGGUGGCCAAAGUAUUGGAGUUUCAGCUUCAGCAUCAGUCCUUCCAAUGAACACCCAGGACUGAUCUCCUUUAGGAAGGACUGGUUGGAUCUCCUUGCAGUCCAAGGGACUCUCAAGAGUCUUCUCCAACACCACAGUUCAAAAGCGUCAAUUCUUCAGCACUCAGCUUUCUUCACAGUCCAACUCUCAGAUCCAUACAUGACUACUGGAAAAACCAUAGCCUUGACUAGAUGGACCUUUGUUGGCAAAGUAAUGUCUCUGCUUUUUAAUAUGCUAUCUAGGUUGGUCAUAACUUUCCUUCCAAGGAGUAAGCAUCUUUUAAUUUCAUGAUUUCACUAAUUGUUAGAGAACUGCAAAUCAAAACUGAGGUACUACCUAACACGGGUCAAAAUGGCCAUCAUUAAAAAAUCUACAAAAAACAAGUGCUGGAGAAGGUAUGGAGAAAAGCGAACUCUCCUAUACUGUUGGUGGGAAGGUAAGUGGGUACAAACAGUAUGGAAGUUCCUCAGAAAACUAAAAAUAGAAUUACCACUUGAUCCAGCAACCCCACUCCUGGGAAUAUACCCAGACAAAAUUAAAAUUCAGAAAGAUACAUGCACCCCCAUGUACACAGCAGCACUAUUCACAAUAGCCAAAACAUGGAAGCAACCUAAAUGUCCAUCAGCAUAUGAAUGAAUAAAUAAGAACUUAGUACAUAUACACAAGGGAGUACCACUCUGCCAUAAAAAUCAACAAAAUGAUGCCAUGUGCAGCAACAUGGAUGGAACUAGAGAUUAUCAUACUAAGUGAAGUAAGUCAGAAAGAAAGUGCAAAUACCAUAUGAAAUCACUUAUAUUUGGAAUCUAAAAUAUGGCACAAAUGAACCUACCAACAAAACAGAAACAGACUCAUAAGACAUAGAGGACAGACUUCUGGUUGCCAACAGGGAGAAGGGGAGAGGGAUGGACUGGGAAUUUGGGGUUGGUAGAUGCAAAGUAUUACAUUUAGAAUGAAUAAGCAACAAGCUCCUAAUGUAUAGUAGAGGGAACUACAUUCAAUAUCCUGUGAUAGACCAUAAUGGAAAAGAACAUUUUAAAAGUAUAUAUAUAUGUGUGUGUGUAUGUGUUUGUAUAACUGAAUUACUUUGCUGUACACGACUGGCAAAACAUUGUAAAUCAACUAUAAUAAAAAUUAUUCUGUCAUCUACAAUCCAUCUUUUAAAAUUAUUAAAUUCAUUGUGCAGUAAAAACUAUUUUUAAAAUGAGAGUGAGUCAUAGAGAAAUUAAGAACUUGCCCAAGAUUAUAUAGCUAGGAAGUAGCACUAAGCCCAAAUCCACCCUUUAUCUUACAAAAGAAUACAUACUUCAUAUGAUUACUAUUGAGAUUAAAUGUGUAAACACAUAUGUGGCACCAGAAUAAUAGGCAGCACAGAAUAAAUAAUAAAUAUUAGCUCUUAUUAGAUUUUACUACUCUGAGGAUAUUAAUCAGAUUUUUUAUAUUGAAAUAUAGUUGAUUUACAUUGCUCUGUUAAUUUCUGCUAUCCAACAAAUUAAUCAAACAUUUUAAAACACUUUCUUUAAAAAAAAAAAACACUUUCUUUUGUUUUCUCUAUUUCUGUAUCUGUUUCCUCCUGUGACCCCCUUUUUUGGUGGUGGUGGUUGUUUUGGCAUUAAUACUUCGUUGGUAUUACUACUUCCUCAUGUCUUGUGGUCCAUGGCUAUCUUCUCAUAUUUAAGAAUGAUCAAGGUGCUGACAGUUAGCUCUUUGUGUAUGUAAUAAUGAGGUUAUUGAUGGCAGGACCUUACUCUAAUGUAAUCAUUGUAAAGAUAAGAGUUAUUAGCUUAGGAGAUCCUCAAAUACCAGUAUGUUACAGUUUUUGUUUGAACCUUUCAUAUGCUCCAGGUUAGGAUUCUGCAAUAUCGUCUGUGCAAGAGUGAGUUAGAGAUGCGCACCCUGCGUACUCCAACUGGAAACUACUGCGUGGAAAGGGACUAGAAAUCUCAUCACUCAGGGUGCAAAGUUUUGCAUGAUUUCCCUAUUUUUGGCUUCACCCCUCACAUUUGCACUUAACUCUGCCCAGGGUCUCCAAAGUUAGAGAUGUUUGGUCGCUAAGUUGUGUCCGACUCCUUUCCAACCCCAUGGACUGUAACCCACCAGGAUCCUCUGUCCAUGGGACUUCCAGGCAAGAAUACUGGAGUGGGUUGCCAUUUACUUUUUAGUCUUCAAUGAACUUCAGUCUUAUACACUUGGUUCCUCUAAAUCUUGUAUCCAAAUGGGAUUAUGUUGGACAAACAAGAACUUUUCUUUAGACAUUUCUUGGAACUGAUAACUGCUCUUUCAUCUGAUUUCUGUCAUCAAAUUUAUGUAUAUAAAUUCUCGGUCUCUGUAAGUUCAUAUCAUUUUUAUUAACUAUCAUUUGUUGGGCAUUUUAAUAGGAGUGAGCUGUGUAAAAUCAAAGAAUUACAUGAAAGUACUGUAAUAUUGUUCUUCGAAAUUUGGAAGGAAUCAAACAUGAGGGUAUUCUGUCUUCUCUGAGCAUAAUAAAUCUCACUCUAAAUUCAAAAAUAAAAAUAAAAGGAGGAUAACUGUGUGUAGUAAAUCCAUCUACUUUUCAAUUUUUGCCCUUUUGUAGUGAUUUAUUUUUCAACCAUGUGUCUACCUUGCAUUUUUAAGAAUAUAAUUGAACUUAACAUUUUUAAAAUGAAAACUUCUUAGAUCCCUCCUCCAUAAAUUUUUGAGCACACUCUUGAGACCUUGUAUACUGGACAUCACAGGCGAAUUCUGUUCCAAACAAUCUCCCUCACCAUGUAGCAACCAUGUACUUUGGCUAAAACUGAAACCACCAAAAGCUUUAGAGGUGACCCCAGAGAGGAUUAAAGCAAAACAGAGGACAAAGAUGAGUUCAGAUUCUGAAACUAAAACCUCCACCUACAAUUCUAUUGUGGCUUCCCUGGUGGAUCAGCUGGUAAAGAAUCUGCCUGCAAUGCAGGAGACCUGCCUGGGUUAGAUCCCUGGGUUGGGAAGAUCCCCUGGAGAAGGGAAUGGCUAGCCACUCCAAUUCUAUUCUGGCCUGUAAAGAAUUCCAUGGACUGUAUAGUCCAUGGUGUCACAGAGAGUUGGACACAACUGAGUGACUCACUUUCACUUUCAUAAUUCUAUACUCCUGAAACAAUGAUCGCCUCAGUAGCAGGUACAUGAUCUUGGUUAGUCUGGUCAGAGUAAAACUAAGUUUUUGUCCU